GUUCAUUUUCACGAAGUAUCCUAGCAAACAAGCUGAUUCUGCUGAUAUUGUAUUGACAGGUCUUGAAGCUUUUUAAAUUAUUACACAGAACCCGACAAGAAGUUUUUAAAAAUGAUACCAGAGCCCUUGAAGCUGCAAGGCAAAAGAUAAAUCAAGAAUUCAGAAAUAACCAAGAUGAGACAUCUGAAGAGAAGAUCAAUGAGCUUCUGAAAAUAGCCUCUGAUGUUGAAGUGAUUCUCAGAACUUCUGUUAUUCAGGCAGUUCACACAGAUUCCGACAAAAUAU